UCCAAGAACCCGAGGAGGAGAGUCCGGCCCCUAGCCCUGCCAGUGUAGCAGAAAUGAUAACUGAUGAUGAUGAUGGCAGCAGCACCCGUUCUUCUCUGGGUGAGUAGCUUAAUGUUGUUCGUGCAAUUUACGUUGAGUAGGCUAACCACGUUAUUACAUUAAUGCAUGUAAGGUGAACUAGCAAACACCGUCGUAGUUACAUGCGGCUGUCUUCUUGUUUGAUGGCAGAUACUCCCUUCACCCUGGCCAAAAAGGCUAAAAUGACAAAAGAAAAAGUGGACGAAAUUCAUAGGGCAGUGACAAAAUUUAUAGUCAAAGAUCUCCAUCCAUUUUCAACGGUGGAGUCACCAUCAUUCAGGCUAGAAAGGUUCACGCACACCGAUUUAAUGAAGGCAGAGGAGUUUAUUAAGUGCAUGCAAGUCCUGUACACGUCAACCAUGUGUGUGUCAAGUGACAAGUCACCCACAUGCAGCCAAAUCAUCCCCAUCCUGGCCAAGCUGGAGGCACAUUUCAGACGAUGUGAUGAAGACAGUGUUUUCACCUCUUCAAUAAAAGAGAAAGUCUGGGGUAGUCUGCAGAAAAGAUAUCAGGAUGAAAACCUUCAGAAAUUUCUGAAGGAGGCCACGAUGAUGGACCCACGUUUUAAAGGCAGGCUAGGUGGUGAGGCAGCUACUGACAUCUGGGACAGGUUGGAGAAGGCAGCAGUUGCAAAUGCCACAGCAGCAGUUGCACAGCCUCCCACUGAGGACCCCAAAGCACACAGCGAGGUGGAUGAUGCUGACAUGGACAAGCCAGAACAAUAUCUAAGUAAGGUCCAGAAGUCACCCUUAGAAAAGCUGUUUGAGGAUGAAGACAGAGAGCUUCAACAGGCUGCUUCUCAAGCGGGUAGAGUCCCCUCAAUCACAGAGCAGGUACAGAAGGAGCUUCAAAUAUACAAAAGACUGCCAGGAAUUACCUCUGGACAAGACCCUGUGGCCUGGUGGUGGAGUAAGAGGGAUACACUCCCCAAUUUAUCUGCCCUAUCAGAAAAAUACUUGUGUGUCCCAGCGUCAUCAACGCCUUCUGAAAGAGUUUUCUCUUGUGCUGGGCAUGCCAUCAGCCAAGAGCGAUGCCGUAUAGCUCCAGAAAAGGCUAAUAUGAUUAUCUUCUUGCAAAAAAACUGCUAAACAUCACAGGUUUCAUGACAAAGUUUGUGUUUUCAAUUGUUUAAGCACUGGUUCCAACCAAAGAAGUUAUGUUUUAUUGACAGAAAGGGCUAGGUUUGUUAUAAUUUUGUUUAAAAAAUUACUGGGAAAAAUAAAA